ACUGCAUGAUAGCCUUCGACCUGCGAACGCCAAUAGCCCAUCAGCACCUUCCGGAAAGCUGCCGACAGUCGCUGGAAAAAAUUCUUCCUACGUACGUAAACAUAAAGCGUUUUCUCGACCAAUUCGUUGAUAAUGGACUUGAAGUGCAAGCACAAGCCGCACUGAAAGACGCCUUUGCUACGAUGCUGCAAAAUGGCGAGGAAAUGAUGCGGGAAGAACUUCGCGAUCCGGACAACAUCGCCAGCCCACCGCACAUCAGCAUACCGCAUGCGAUACCCGUCGAUAUAAGGCGUGAAAUACUACGCAACAUGCUCUACGGGCAUCACUUCCGCCCCACGCCCAUGUUACGGAUGCAACUCCAAAGUUACCGCAACCAAUUGAUGCGCGCCAGAAAUUUUCCGGCUGCCUACUGGAUCGAUCGUUUACUGGCAGUGUAGAUGGGGAUGCUGAAAGAG